UCUUUAAAUUUGACGUUCUUAGAAAGGCACCGCUGAGCUACUUCGCUUCACCCGUCACCUUCCUUUCUCCCACCUAAUUCUAUCGGUGAAUAAUAUCCUCAAAAGAGGCGAACGGUUCCUCUCCUAUUUCGCGGUCCAGAUCUCACAGUUAUUGGGCAAAAGGGGGACGAAAAAACCCUAACCGGGCUUCUUUUGCAGCCAUCAUGUCAAGUUUGGAGGAGCCAAUCGGUCUAGACAAUUACUCAACAUGCAAUGGUGCUGGCUGGCUUCGAAGAUUCACUUCCAAUGCUUGCAGGCCCAGAUCAGAUCACACUGAAAUGGAUAACUGUUUGAUUGAAUCCAGAGAGUGCAGUUCUUUAAACAGCUGCAGUGAAGAAUAUGUUCGUCAAAGGAAAUUAAAUGAAAGGUUUUCCCGAAACUCCUUAAUGUCAAAGACCUCAAGUCUUGGUAGGAGAAGGGCCCUAGAAGAUGCUUGUGAUGCACGGUGUUUGCAAGAUCAUUGCUGUAGCUUGCCCAGGAAUGGCAUCGAAAUAAGAGAUCUAGUAGAUAAGAUUUUUAGAAGCAUGCCAAGUUAUGUAAAGAUUGUUGAGGUUGGGCCUAGAGAUGGUUUGCAGAAUGAGAAGAGUGUCAUACCCACAAAAGUGAAAAUUGACCUGAUACAGAGAUUGGCAACAACCGGAUUAUCAGUUGUUGAGGCUACAAGUUUUGUCUCUCCGAAGUGGGUACCCCAGCUAGCAGAUGCAAAGGAUGUCAUGGAAGAAGUUCGUAAUAUUGAGGGCGUUCACUUUCCAGUGCUGACUCCUAAUCUCAAAGGUUUCAAGGCAGCUAUUGCAGCGGGUGCAAAAGAAGUUGCAGUCUUUGCAUCAGCGUCAGAAGCUUUUUCUUUGUCCAAUAUCAAUUGUAGCAUUAAGGAUAGCCUUGCCCGUUAUCAGGAUGUUACUCUUGCUGCAAAAGCGCUUGGAGUGCCAGUUCGUGGGUAUGUUUCCUGUGUUGUGGGUUGUCCUGUAGAAGGAGCAGUUUGUCCAACAAAGGUGGCAUAUGUAGCAAAAGAACUUUAUGAAAUGGGCUGCUUUGAGAUCUCUCUAGGUGAUACGAUUGGGGUUGGUACUCCAGGUUCCGUUAUCCCAAUGCUCAAAGCUGUCAUGUCUGUUGUUCCUGUGGAGAAACUUGCUGUCCAUUUCCAUGAUACCUACGGCCAGUCCCUUUCCAACAUUCUGCUAUCCUUGCAGAUGGGCAUUGCCGUUGUAGACACGUCGGUUGCAGGCUUGGGAGGAUGCCCAUAUGCGAAGGGAGCUUCAGGAAAUGUUGCCACAGAGGAUGUUGUCUACAUGCUUAACGGUCUUGGAAUAGAAACUAAUGUAGAUCUCGGCAAGCUCAUGGCUGCUGGAGACUUCAUCUGCAAUCAUCUGGGCCGCGAAUCUGGCUCCAAAACUGCUGUUGCUUUGAGCAAAAUCUCUGCAAAUGCCAACAAAAUGUAAUUCUCAAUUUCUUAUUGAUCAAAACUCAGAAAUUAUCCCCAUUUAUAUCUGCGGAAGUGAUGAAAUUCUUACCAUCAUAGUAUAAUAUUAAGUGAUGAAGCAAUGUAUCUGUAAUAUGCGUCUGUCUCUCAUUAAUAAGGAUAUGUGGGCAUCAUGAAAUGCUCACUUGUUUCAGAAUAUGGAUUCUUUUCUGUAUGUUGCUGCUUCAAUAAUUGGAUAUGGGUGAUCUUUGACUGUAGUUCAAGGCCAUAAUAAAGGAAUUUCAAC